AUGUUCCUUCUGAUUAAUCUCCUCUUGCUUUUGAGCAUCCCUUCUUCUUUAGUCAGGAAAGAAAAUUCCCCCUGCUUUGAGCAAAUCAACCCACGUGUCCACAAAGAUGGAGACCUUGUCAUUGGUGGGUUUUUCCCAUUGUACUUAAUGGCAGUGAAGAGUUUCACAGGAGCAGAGCAGCCACACAAGGCCUGUAAUCCCCACCAGUGGCUGCACAAAAAUUACCAGCAGGUUUUGGCCCUGAUGUAUGCCGUGGAGGAAAUCAACAGAGACCCCCGGCUGCUCCCUAAUACUACCCUGGGGUUUCACAUCUACAACACCUACCAUAGCGACUCCAGGACCAUGGAGAGCUCCCUGCGGUGGCUGUCGGGUCAGGGCCAGACCACUCCAAAUUUUAGCUGUGAAAAGCAGGACAAGGCGAUAGCUGUUAUUGGAGGAGCCACGUCUGCUCUCUCUGUCCAGAUGGGGACACUACUGGAGUUCUACAGAUUCCCACAGAUAAGCUACGGUCCAUUUGAUUCUGCCCUGAGUGACAAGGCCCAGUUUCCUUCUCGCUACCAGUUGGCCCAUCAGGACUCCUCCCUGCACCUGGGCAUUGUCCAACUUCUUUUACAUUUUGGCUGGACCUGGGUGGGCCUGAUUGUUACUGAUGACUUGAGAGGUGAGAAGUUCCUCUGGGACAUGGGAGAAGAGAUGAGAAGACACAAAGCCUGUGUGGCCUUCACAGAGAAGAUCCCUGUCAGUGAGAGACGCCAUGCUGAAUCCCAGGUGGAUUUCAUGCCCAGAAUUAUGGCAUCAUCAGCCAAGGUGAUCGUCAUCCAUGGUGAUGCAGACUCACUGAUGAUCCUGAGAUAUUCACAGCCACCUAUAUUUGUAAUCUGGAAGAUUUGGAUUAUCACUCCACACUGGGAUGUCACCAUGAGACCUUACAAUCUUGAUGAAGAUGCUUUUCAUGGAGCUCUCAUAUUUUCACAUCAGACAAGUGAAAUUCCUGGUUUCAAAGCAUUUCUCAGGACAGUCACCCCAGCCAAAUACCCAGGAGACAUUUUCCUUAAGAGCUUUUGGGUCUCGGCAUUUGAAUGUCCAGAUGAGCCCCAAAAACUAGAACUAGAAGACUGUUCAGUAAAUGCUUCCUUAGAAUUGCUUCCUUUGCACCAUUUUGACAUGACCAUGUCCAGCCAAAGUUACUUCCUCUACAAUGCUGUGUACACCGUGGUCUGGGCUCUUCAUGAAAUACUCCAGAAAAGAUCAGAAAUGGGAUCUGUGAGAGAUGAAGGCUUCCUGGUGCUUCAACCAUGGCAGCUUCACUCUUCUCUGAGGACUAUCUACUUUAACAAUACUUCUGGGGACCAGGUGGUUCUGGAUGAGAAAAAGAGCUCUAUGGCUAAAUAUGAUAUCAUGAACUUUGGGAUGUUGCCCAAUUAUGAUGAAGUUCUGGUGAAAGUGGGACAGUUCAUUCCCCAGUAUCUACUUGGUCAAGAUUUCACCAUUUGUGAAAAAGAGAUAUAUCAAAACUGGCUUGAUUUGAAGACUCUCCAGGCUGUUUGCUCUAAGAACUGUGAAUCUGGAUUUAGAAAAAUUGCCCAGGAGGGAGAGCCCGUCUGCUACUUUGACUGUAUCCAGUGCCCAGAAGGGGAGAUUUCCAACCAGGGGGAUAUGGACAAUUGUGUGAAGUGCCCAGAAGAUCAAUAUCCCAACAAAGAGAAAGACCAGUGUCUCUCAAAGGUAGUGACCUUCCUCAGUGUCCAAGAACCUCUGGGAUGGACUCUGACCUGCUUGACUCUCUCCUUCUCUCUCCUCACAGUUUUGAUUCUCAUUAUCUUUGUGAAGCAUCAAGACACUCCCAUUGUCAAGGCCAACAACCGGGUCCUCAGCUACAUCCUUCUCAUCUCUCUCGUCUUUUGCUUCCUCUGUCCUCUGCUUUUCAUUGGCCGUCCUACCACAGCAACCUGCCUUCUUCAGCAAACUACAUUUGGAAUCGUGUUCACAGUGGCAGUUUCCACCAUUUUGGCUAAAACCAUCGUGGUGGUUCUGGCCUUCAAGGCCAAAAUACCUGGCAGUAGGAUGAGGAAGUGGGUGCAGCCUAAGGUGUCUAAUACUUUAGUCCUCCUCUGCUCUGGGAUCCCAGUGAUUCUCUGUGGUAUCUGGCUGGGGACCUCUCCCCCCUUCUUAGGAACAGACACUCACUCUGAACCUGGCCACAUCAUCAUUGAGUGCAAGGAGGGGUCUGUCAUUGCUUUCUACUGUGUCCUGGGCUACAUGAGCAUCCUGGCCCUGGGCAGUUUCACGGUGGCUUUCCUGGACAGGAACCUCCCUGACACCUUCAAUGAAGCCAGAUUCAUCACCUUUAGCAUGCUGGUUUUCUGCAGCGUGUGGAUCUCUUUCCUCCCCACGUACCAGAGUUCCAAGGGGAAGGCCAUGGUGGCUGUGGAGGUUUUUGCCAUUUUGGCUUCGAGUGCUGGUUUGCUGGGCUGCAUUUUUUCUCCUAAGUGUUAUGUGAUCCUGCUAUGGCCAGAACGGAACACUCCGAAAUGUUUCCAGAACAAAGCAGACUCAAGAACCCAGAACUUGCUCCCAAAACAUGUCUAG